AUGGCUACUUCGAAUAAUUCACGAAGCAAAGAUAAUUAUAAAAAUAGAGAUGUUCGGCGAUCAUUUGUUGCUAAUUCACUUCCCCCAUCAACGACAGAAUCAAAUGUACAAAAUGACAAUAGAAUUAAUAGUGCAGAUGAUAACUAUGAGACUGUAGUUUUUAUUUGGUUCGAUCCACAUGAAAAUAUUAACACGAAUCUUGUUGGGCCACUACGAAUGAUUAAUGAUAAUGUUCAAACUUUUACCGAUUCAUUAGCUUGUUUUGAUAUUUUGAAAAGUUCGCAACAAAAACUUUUCCUUAUCUCUUCAUCGACUAAUAAUGAACUGAUUGCUACUGUGCAUAGUUUUGUGCCUGUUGAAGCAAUUUUUAUACUUAACCAAAAUGGUGAUAAUAUUAAAGGUGAUUUUCCAAAGCUUUUCGGCAUAUUUACACAACAAGAAGAACUUUUUCGAAUGCUCAAAGAAGUCUAUAAUACAUUCGAAGAAGUUCAACUUGAAGAAUUCACAUUUGAACAAGAUCUGGUGUUCCUUUGGUCACAAUUAUGGAAAGAAGAUUUAAGAAGUCGGAAAAUUUCAUCAAAUAAAGCUGGCCUCAUCAGCUUGGCUCGGCGUAUUUAUCGAGACAAUCCACGAAUCAUUGAAACUAUUGAAGAACUAGAAAAAUCCUAUCGAGCUUCUGAUGUCAUCACUUGGUGCUUUCGUUCUCCAUUUCCAACACGGCUACUUCUUCAUGCACUUCGUUCUCAUAACAAAGCACGACUUAGUGCCUGUCGAUUUCUAUACGCCGAUGCUUCGCGUUUCUUUCAACAACAUGCCAAGCAUAAAUCUACUGAACAAGUUUAUCGUGGUAUGAAACUAUCAAAUGAACUCCUUGCUAAAUUCGAGACUCAUGUUGGUCAAGUCAUUUGUACUAGUGGGUUUUUUCCUUGUACGAAAUCAAGAAAAAAUGCUUUGACACUCGCUUCAUUACCGGCAUAUCGUCCUGAUCUUCAACCAGUUCUAUUUAAAGUUGAUUGCGAUGCAUCAUCUCUAUUCAUUGAAAUACCAAAUAAAAACUCAUCACCAAAGAUUGCGUUUGAUGUUUGUACGACAUUUCGUAUUGUCUAUGUUAACCGAGGACCUAUGUCAAUUAUAAAAUUAAAAACGACUGGCGAAGCUGGUAAAAAAUUUGCUUUAGAUUAUUUAGAAAAUCAUCCGAAUGAAACGAUACAAUCACUAGUUGAUGAACUUUUGAAACCUUUGAAGCCUCCAACUCCACCACCUCCGCCUCUGCCUCCACCUCGACCUCGAACAGCAACACUGUCUCCACCUCGAAUACCAACACCGCCUCCACAACCCAAAUCUGCAGAUCUACCCAUAAGUGCUGACGAAAUGAAGGCGCAAAAAUAUGUUGAACAAGGAGAUAUUGAUUUGGCAUUAAUAAAUUAUCGGCGAAUACAACCUACUACAGCUCGCAUACUCAAUGCAAUUGGUCUUUUAUGUGCUGAUAAGAAGGGUGAUUAUAAUUAUGCUUUACAAUGUCAUCAACAAGCACUUAAACUUCAGGAAGAAUCUAAUGAGGAUAUCUCUGACACUCUUACUUACCUUGGCAAUGUUUAUCACAGUCGCGGUGAAUUGGAUUUGACUUUAGAACAUCAUAGACGUGCACUUACAUUACGUCAAAAAGAUCCAACAACAGAAACAGUUGCACUUGUCUCGAAUUUUAUUGGAGUAGCUAAGUGUCAUUUAGCUCGGCGAGAACAUUCUGAAGCGAUUAAUAACGCUGAACGAGCAUUAGCGUUACAAGAAGUUCUUGUACCUUUAAAUGAAGCAAGUAUAGGUGCCACUCUCAUUCUCUUAGGUAACAUUUAUCAAGACUCUGGCGAUAACAUUCGUGCUCUUGAGAUGUGUACAAAAGCGCUUCCACUUCUUGAACGUACUGUGUCCGACGGUUCAUCCAUAUUAGCUGAGUUAUUUUUCAAACUCGGUACCAUGCAGUCAAGUUUAGGAGCGUUGACUGAUGCGCAACGUAGUUUAGAACGAUCUUAUAAAAUUUACAAAAGAUUAGUUCCUAGAGGGCAUGAAGAUCGUAUGUUGGCAGAAAACGAAUUACGACGUGUUCUUCAAUUACGACAAAACAGCAAACAAAAGUCACAGACAAAUCCUUGA